AUGACUAAAGAAGAAGAUAAAAAUGAUAAAAGUGACGAUGGGAAGGAUGAAACAGAAGUAAAAGAUGUAGAAAUUGUAGUGAACUCUCAAACAACAGAAGAUAAAGUCGUAACUCCAGAAGAUAACACUGAAGAAAAAAAAUCCAGAAAUAAAUUUAAAAUAAAAGCAGUAGACCCAAGACAAUAUACAGGACCAUAUAUAAACCCAUGGAUAAGACUCGUUAUAUACGUAGUAAUGAUAUAUUUCAGUGGUACCCUGUAUUUGGCGUGGCCAGGAUUUCAGACAUUGUUGUACAAGGCUGGUGCUUUUGAAGAGUUAUGUAUAGGAGAAUCUGAUAUUUCAAAAGUUUCAAUUGGAGGUGAUGAUUAUAUUGAUUGUGGAUCCAGGAAGGCCGCCCUGAACAACCUAUACACAAUUGCAUUUUCAACCCAUUUUCUCUCAACGUUUCUAACAGGGAUUGUGUUUGACCUAAUAGGCCCUAAGUACCUGUAUAUGAUAUCCCAGUUGAUUCAGAUGAUAACAUGGGUGUUGAUAGGGUCAUUCCCCAAGAAGGGAGUGGUCCUAAGAAUAGCCUUCUUUCUAGUAGGAUUAAGCGCGGAAUCUUCAAUCAUGCCUUUAAUGACCAUAUCCUACUAUUUCCCACACUAUCAAUCAUUCAUUAUUUCAAUCAUAGGAGCGACUAGAUCGCUUUCAUUUAUAAAUCCAAUAAUGCUCUCAAAAAUCUUCGAAAAUAAAAUCUUCUCCGGUAAACAUUUGUAUAUAAUAACACUGGUAUACACAGUCAUAAGUAAUCUCACGUCAUUUGUAAUGGCAGCCUUUAUACUCCAGAAAAGGUUCUACAAAGUUACCAAAUCAAAGCACGGAAGCCAGUUGAAGUACAUUACCUCAGCAAACAUCACGUCCGGCCAUAGCUUGUCGUUCUUUGAAAGGUUCAGCAGUUCACACCUAAGUAGGACCUUUGAUGGUGAGAAGACCAGCCUAGGAAAGAGAACACUUAUGGAUAUCACUAACAGAGUUUACCUAUUGGUCACCCACCCGCAAUUUCUGGAAUACGUAAUUCUAGUUCUGGUAUCAUCACUCUAUUUAUCUUCAGUAGAAUUUGUAAGCAAGUCCCAGAGGGAACUUCUAUUGUGCAGUGACGGCUCAAGCGCCGUUGAUCUAUUCAAAUACAUUCACAUUCUAACCUUCGCUCCUUGCCCAUUCAUGGGAUAUCUUGUUGAUAAGAUAGGACCAACAUUUGUACUCAUCAUUUUACACUCUUGUUGUUUUUUUUAUUAUUUUUUUGUAUCAUUUGAUUAUUAUUUUUUAAAAAUUCUAGCCUGUAUAUUUUACUUGUUCGCCUGCUCCAUGUUCAUCUCACAUAUAUAUUGCUAUGUAACGAAGAGAUUCAACCUGAAGAACUUCGGAAGACUAGUGGGAUUCUGUUUCUUCUCGGCAGGACUGUUUGUCAUAAUCAAUGUUCCUCUCUAUAAUUUCAUGACGAAACGAUCAUCAACCCUGGAUAAACAAAAUAUCAAAAUAGUCACAAGAAUAUUCAUAGGCUACAUGGGAACAGGAUUCGUCAUGUGUCUCAUCUUGCUAUAUUUCACUUCUAAAAGGAAGCGACCAAAACAUAAACAAGCACAAGCUCAAAGUUAG